GGGAAACAGACAAGGCCUAUCAGGCCCGGAUGCUGGCCUGGAGUACCAAAACCAAGAGACGGGCGGAUGACGUAGCAACCACAGCUAAGAAGAAGGCGGAGGACGCCGAGAAGGCAUGUCUGCUGGCAAUUGAACAGCAGCGCCAGCAUGACGAGGCAGCAGCAAAGGUUGCUGAUGAAGAACGAGUUCAACGUCGUGAGAAGAUAUUUAGCGGAGAGCAGACUUUGCUCACAAUGGCAGCGGAUUGGCGGGCCGAGGCCGAGAAUGGCAAGAUGGAGGAUAGUGAAAACAAGAUCGCUCUACUCCUCUCCCAUCUCACGGACCUCCUGGCAACAUGCAUUACACAGCAGGAGGACAUUGACAGCCUCGACGACGCGCUGACUCAAGUCCACGGCCGCCUCCGGCAGCUGGAGCAGCGACCCGUCGCCGCCCCCUAUGCCAGCUCUUCCAACAACUCCGAUCGCCUUGAAGCAUUGGACAUAGACGUCGGCUCCCUCAAGGACAGCGUGCAGUUACAGCAGACCGCAACGCAACAGUUGGAGCAGCGGAUCUGUACUGCCGCCAACAACUCGAGUUCGGAACCGCGCGAGACAGCUCCAAAGUUUGACGGGCAGGAGAUCUUCUGCGACUCGACGAAGACAAAUCCGAUUCCAUGGUUCUGCAAGUUCGAGCUCACGCUUCGGACAUUGGAGGAUCAUCUUGGGCAUCUUCGACAAGUGUUGGAGACGCUCCGCCGCGCCAAGUACAAGGCCAACCGCGACAAGUCCGAAUUUGUCCGGCAAGAGCUGGAAUACUUGGGCCAUUUUGUCACACCGGGGGGCAUCAGUCCGCUAUCGGACAAGAUUCAAGCCAUCCAAGAGUGGCCGGAGCCACGGAACGUCACGAAUGUCCGCUCGUUCCUUGGCCUCGCCGGCUAUUACCAGCGUUUCAUCGAGGGCUACUCAAAGAUCGCAGCCCACUUGACCAAGCUUCAAUGCGAGGAUCGGCCGUUUGACUUCGGAGAGGAUGCGCGGGAAUCAUUUUUGGCUCUCAAAGCCGCACUAUUAUCUGCGGAGGUCUUGCGCAUAUACAACCCGCUUUUGCCUACACACGUCACUAUGGAUGCGUCCGGCUAUGGCAUUGGUGCCGUCCUCGAGCAACACGAUGGCGUGGACUGGCACUCGGUCGAGUAUUUCAGCAAGAAAGUGUCGGUCGUGCACUCCAUUGACGAUGCACGCAAGGAGUUCCUCGCCUUCGUCCAUGCGCUCAAGCAGUGGCGGCACUUCCUCCUUGAUCAUUGUACCGCUGUCUACUCAACCUUCGAGAUCGACAACGACCUGCGGGACAACUUCAUCCGCGGUUACCAAGCCGACCCCGAGUUUCGCGACAAGUACGCGAAUUGCUCCUCUCCUAAUCCGGCGCCUUCUCGCUACCGGAUCCAAGAGGGGUACUUGCUUGUACACACGCGGGGGAAGGACCUUCUUUGCGUACCGAGUGAUCCUCACUUGCGUACAUGGCUUCUUGGCGAGUUCCACGAUGCUCCCGCCACCGGACACUUUGGAGUCAAUCGCACGAUUGGCCGACUUCGCGAGCGAUUUUGGUGGCCCGGCCUUCUCAGCGAUGUCACACGCUAUUGCGAGUCAUGCGAGGUUUGCCGACGCUGCAAAUCCCGCAACCAUCGUCCGUACGGCGAGUUACGACCAUUACCAGUCCCUUUGAGGCGAAGGGAAGCGAUUGCCAUGGACAUUAUCGGGCCGUUCCCCAAGCACAAGACCGGCGUGGAUGGGAUUCUCACGGUGGUCGACCAACUCACCAAGUUCGCCACGUUUUUGCCUUGCCGCUAUCAUGCCAAGACACCGGAGUUGGCCAAGGUUCUCUAUGCCGGUUGGAUUCGAACCAAGGGUUACCCCAAGGAAAUCGUUUGCGACCGCGAUACUUGGUUCAUGUCCGAUUUUUGGUUGGCGCUCAUCAAGCGAUGGGGCUCAUCUCUCAAGCCCAGUUCAUCUCGCCACCCCCAGACCGAUGGCCAAACGGAGAGGGCGCACCAGACCGCACAGGUUCUCCUUCGCACUCUCAUCCGUCCUGACCAAAAGGAUUGGGUUGAGCUGCUGCCGGAUGUCGAGUUGGCCUACAACUCCUCCAUCCACCCGGCUAUCGAGAUGUCGCCCUUCGAGUUCGAGCACGGCUCGCCGGUCACUUCGUCGUUGGACACAAUCAUUCCACGAACGGCUAAGAGCGACGACCAUCUCCUUUUCUUGCAUCCGAUGCAAGAGCUACUUGUCAAGGCACGCGACCAGAUGGCCAAGACGCAGCAACGCAUGAGCCAACAGGCCAAUCGCCAGCGUCUUCCUUGCCCAUUCUGCGCCGACGAUCUCGUUUGGGUCUCCGCCGCAGAAUUCAGCCUUGAACAAGAUAUCUCUCACAAGCUCCUCCCGAAAUGGAUGGGACCUUGGCCAAUCGUGGCACCCGAUGGGGAUGCACCCGAGGGACCUUCCUUCACUAUUCAGGUGCCCGCCCACUUGCCCGACUACCCAGUCUUUCAUUGCUCCAAGUUGGCUCUUUACACGCCAGUGGAACAUGAUGAUUUUCCCGAGAGACGUUUGCAAGACCCACCCUCUAUGGACGGUUUUCAGGAGGUCGGCGACAUCAUCUCCCAGCGACGCUACGGUACAUUUUGCAUACUGCACACACCGAGCUGACCGUUGGUUGACCCGUGCGGAACUUCAAAUAACAGCU